GAGGAAGUAUGUAUGUAUGAAUUAUGAUAAUGCAAUAUCCAUCCACCCACGCAGCUUCUAUAAAUACAUAAAUUAGUGAAAGUGAGAAACCUAAGUUCUUCAUCCAUUACAAAGCAUAACCUUCUUUCGCAUUCCUAUAAGGCUAUAAUUAAGUGAUAAAAAUGGCGUCAAUCCAACAAGUUGAAGGUGCGAAGCAAUUCAGCAAUGACAAGGAGAAAGCAGUAAUCAACGAGAUGUUAGAAGCAGCGAAGUUAAUGGAAAAAAAUGACGAUCAAAUUUCUGCGCAACAACAACAAGUUAAAGGCUAUAUGAAAAAUAAACAGGCGCGACCAGUUAAUCUAAGAAAAACAUAUGAGUUAGGGGCCGGAAAUUUCAUAAAAAAGCCAACUCAAAUUAUAUCUGGGAAUGAAAGUCAGGGUUCAUUUUGGCAUGUGGGUGUUACUGGCCCUGCGGCUGUAGGCUCCAAGGGGGCGGUGAUAUAUGGUCACUACGACAACAAUUUACCUCAACUUGGAUGGCUCUUGGCUUGGUACAAGGCUGAGAAUCCUGACGAACGCAAGGUGUAUGUGGAGACUGGGUAUCUAAGCAGGCUCAUAAAUUUGGAAGAUAAUGAAGUUGAACAAAAACUGGAUGCUUCAACUAACAGCAGUCGCUACGUAGAUAAUGAGACAGGUGCAUCAGCAGCCGGUGACAUGAUACCCUGGGAAAAAACCAACCAAGCUCUAGUUGGUGCAGCUUUCAUAAUGCCAUAAUUAAUUAAACCACCACUAUCAAGAUAUUAAAGAUGUAUGUGACCAUAUGCUUUAAUUUAUCAACUAAAGAAGCUUUUAGUUACUAGACUUAAAUAUGUUUAUGAAUAAAUAUAGUUGUGCCCUUGCUAUGUAAUUCCGGAAGAUGUAACAUUCAUCUGAUAAUACAAUAUAUAAUUAUCUAUGGUCA